CGUCUCAGCUCAGUCAGUGACGAACGCGCUAAGCGAACGCAACGCAAAACGCAAAGCGAAAACCAAAGCGAGCCAACAGCGGCAAACAACAACAACAAUACAGAUAACGACUAAAAGGAAGAGCGAACCGAAACGAAACGAACAAGUGUCGUGUGCUUUGGCAGUCAGUGCAGCUAAAACUUUGCGGUUUAACGGUAGUGUGUGUGUGUGUGUGUGUGAGUGUGAGCUUCUCUCUCCUUCUCACUCCCCAGCUUCAGCUGCGUUUUCGUUUAUCUUCGCUUUUUUUUUUCUUGAUUUUUUGACUGUUCGCGUUUCAUUGAUCACACCACGCAGCAUCUGCGCAUGUAUUAGUGUGAGUGUGUCGCUCUGUGUGUGAGAUUACUCGUACUUAUUAUUAUUAGUUUUUUUUUCUGUAUUUAUUUUGGUUGAUGUGCUUGUGUGUGUGUUGAAGUGAAAUGGAAUUUGUUGAAUUUUAAUUGCACGCAGCAGCAGCAACAGCUUCAAGAGCUGAGAGAUCAACGGAGCAACAGUGAAACAGAAACAGAGACAUUUCAUUCAACUUGCUAAUGAAAAAACAACAACAACAACAACAACAACAGCAUCAACGAAGACCAAGUGAAAAUUGCUGAUAAAUAACAAUAACAACAACAACAAGAAGAAGAAAAUCAUCACCACCGGCAAAUAUAAUUUCAACAAAGGAAAACCUCAGUUGCUCUUCAAUUAACCAGCCUCCUCACCAAUCUCCAAUCUCCAUUCUCCUCGCCAAUGAGCCAGUGACCAGUGACAUCAGCAAAAUGGCAGCAAUCGGUAAUCCAGCGAACAACAACGCUAAUGAAUUCAAUGGCAGACACUCGGCAUCGCCAGCACGCACCAUCGAUUCGCAUGACUCCACCACGGGCAGCAUGGACACAAUUGUCGAUCGCAGUCUGAAUCGCGAGGAACUGCUGCAGGUGGCCAACACCAUUGAGCAGAGCACUAAUGCCACAAAUGCUGGCAAUGGUGGCAGUUUGACCAAUUCACAAAUUGCCAUGCUGCAGUCGGACAACGAGCAACAGCAACGCAAUCAUCAGCAACAGCAACAACUGCAGCAACAGGAGCAUGAGGCACGCCAGCAAUUGGAUGCACAAAGUCAUAUCUAUUCGAGUCCCGUUUACGAUGAGAAACCAAUGCCGCCAUUGAAGUUAACAGCGGCCACGCUGCUGGCCAACGUCGAUGACAACGCAAAGAAACCGAAACUGAUCAGCCACGAGGAGUUCAAGCAACAACUGGAGGAGGCCAUGGCCACUCGCAAUCAACAGGCACCAACAGCAGCAGCAGCAGCGUCUGCGAAGAGCAUCAGCAACACCAUCGAUUCGCGCAUCAGCAAGAAGCAACGUUGUCCGCCGGAGUUUAUCAAAUACAAGGGCGGCAGCGGCAGUGGCAGUGGGAGUGGCAGCGAUGCGGCCGGCUCCACCAUGUCGGCGAAGGUGCGACGCAAGCGUCGGGCGAGCAAUGAAUGCUGUUCGGCGUUUCCAUUGCAGAUUGUGCUGGGCACGUUGCAACUGGUUUUGGCCAUUUCACUGGUGGCACUUGGAUCGCUGUUGAUUGUCCGUGACGCGGCCUUGUCAAUGGCCGGCUGUGGCAUUUGGACGGGCCUCAUUGCGGCCGUUACGGGCUCCUUGGGCGUGGUCAGCAUGCGCAAAACGCAAACGGCCUUUCUGGCUCUCAGUUUGGUGUGCAUUGCCAGCAGCACGCUGGCGUUGGCCAUUUCUGGUGUGGGACUGUCGCGUGACCUCAAUCGCUUGGCCGAACAAAAGGGUGAACAGUUUGACCUGAUGAAUGCCAAUAGCGAAGUUUCAGCUGCUUGCGGUUUAAUAUUUGCCCUAUUUUUGCACUUUGUGGUCAGCAUUGUUUCGGUUUAUCGCUGCGCCCUCCAGAUUUGCACAAAAUCGCAACACAGUGAACUGCGCGAUGUGAUCAUUAAGUCAAAUGGAUCGGGCAUGGUUUUGGAUCAGCAAAAAGUGGAUCAAUACAUCAAGGCGAUGUCAUUAAAUGGCAGUGAGAAGGUGAACAAUGAAAAACUUGCUGCCAUGUGGAUGUAUGCCGCACAUAUGGGCAGCCUUCCGCCACCCACUGUGCGCAAACUGACGCCGCCAUCACGCUCCAUAAUGCUUAUUCCAGCCACAGCCGCCGCUGGCAAUGGGAUGCCACCCCCGCCGCCCACACGUUUGCCUCCUGCACCGCCGGGCAUGGGAGCUGGCAUGCUGCUGCCAGUGCCGCCGCCUCCACAAUAUCGUGGCAUGACACUGCCUCCGUACAUGCGACCCAGCUCGAUGCUCUAUGCACAUCCGGCCAGUUUAACGGGCACGUAUCGCACACACAAAAGCACCAAGUCAGCGGAGAUGAAUGGCCAGCGUCGACGUCGUCGUGCCGGCAAAUCGGAUGCAAAUCGCCGUCAGCGUCGCAAAUCCGAGGCGGAUGUGCUCGAUGGUGCGCCAAAUUUCCAAUACACGGGUCUGGAUCGCGCCAUUGCCGACAGUUUCUUGGCACGCCAGGAACAGUCGCAGGCGGGCAGUCACAUCGAUUACUCGUCCUCGACAUCAUCAGCCAACAGUGAUGCCUACGGCAACCAGACAGCUGCCGGUUCGCGUCCAUCGUCCAAGUCGAAGAUUGUGUGCCGCGAUGUGGUUAUGUGAGCUCACAGUGCUUGACACAAUCGACUUUUGUAAAUAGUUUACCAUUUCCGUUUCCCCUCUAUUUUUU